AGAAGAAAAAGAAAAAAGGAGAAAAAAGCGUUAAUAGUACUCUUUGUCCAUAGUUAGUAUAAACUUCCUCCAGUCAGAAUUAAUCUAAACAUAACUCAAGAAAUCUGUCAUUCAUUUUGACGUUUUUGCCUAGGAUAUCUUAGUCCCGCAAUUUUACAUCAACAUUAAAAUAUCUGCUUUAAACGAGGCUUGCUCGUUGAACGACAACAAAUACUUUACAGAAGAAUCCCUACUCUUGAGCAAUCAGCGACAAAAGGGGCGUAGACUUCGGCUCCGAAUUUCGCCUUGCCUCUAGGAAAAAUCCCGUGUGCCCGAACUGCCGAAAAACACCUCACAGAUUUUCUAAACGAACAAAAACUUCACAAAAUGUCGUCAUGAUAUUUGCACGAAAUCUUCCGAACUGUUUUGAAUGGGAAGCAUGCGGACGCUGAAGCAUCUGUGGUUGCAACCCAGUCUAAAUUGGGUUGUUGGUUAGGUUAGGGACGUCCCAAAGGGCCCGACUAGCACUAACCAUCAUCUGUCGCACUGCUAACGUUAGCUGCUUGAGAGUGACUUUCAACCGUUUGCUAGAUGUUGGAUAUGAACUUUCACCACGUGGCAUCGUCUGUAUUUUUCAUGGAAAUGUGACAAACUCUACUAAUUUCAUUUUAGUGUUUGUGACCACUCGCAGUGGCCAUACAUAUACUUAUGUACAUUAUUUUUUGGCUCGCUGCCUAAAGGGGUGCGGCUGUCCGAAACUGUAAACAAUACGUGUACGCCGCCAACCUGGACGGGUGAACCAGGGAACAUACAAAACUACAGAGAAUAGGGACUCGCCCUGGACCCUCUGGCCACCUCGGAGAGUCAGAAUCCACCACAGUUCAGCAGCGGCCCUCUGACUUGGAAUAACAGCUAGCGUUGCAAAUACCGCCAGACAGAGGAAGUUGUUGGAGGAUUAUCAAGGCACGCAUAUUUUAAUCGAGUAGUCUCUGUACACCCUUGAUCGCCGCAGUACUGUCUUUGUCUACACUCAUGUACUGUAAAUGCACUGCAGCAAAUGUUUUUUUAUAAGCCCUCAACUCUUUACGAAACAUUGAAAAGGUGUGAUUGAUGGGUGAGCCCUGAGCCUUUCUCUCUACUGUUCAGCUGCAGUUUUUGUUCAAUGCCCAGUACUCAUCACACACACCCCUACAAGCCACCAUGGAGGAUGACCUGAUGUUUAGUAUGGAGGAGGUGGGCAGUGCUCAGCAUAACCCAAGGAAACAGAGAACCCCAGGUCAACAUGCUCCAUCCCUUAGCGAAGCUAAUGAUAGCGGUGAGGACGACUACUACAUCUGUUCCAUCACAGACGACCCUGUCAGCCAGGCCAAAGACAUCUGUGGCUAUCUGAAGAACCUGGUCCACAGCAAUCAGCUGUCCAACUCUCCCCACAACUCCUUCAUGUACAAGAAUGAAACAGAAACAGAGAAGGAAACUCCACAACAACGGUCAGUCGAGAUUGGGGCGUUAUCUGACAAUGGACGGGCAGCGUGGAAUAGAGCCUUAGAGAAGGCCAAGGCCAUGCCUGAUCUCUGGGCUGAGUUUCACCUGGAGGAAGUCAAGACAGAGCCAUGCAUACGAUACAGGUACAAGGCUAUCACAGCAGAGUGGUCUCAAGACACAGUGCACAUCAAGAUGUCUGGCCAGCCUUUUGGACGCGGUGCCAUGAGGGAAUGCUUCAGAACGAAGAAGCUGUCUAACUUCUCCCACAGUAGUAACUGGAAGAGUGCGUGUAACUAUGUGACGAAGCGCUACAUGGAGCCUGUGGACAGGGAUGUGUACUUUGAGGAUGUCAGGCUGCAGAUGGAGGCCAAACUCUGGGGAGAAGAGUACAACCGCCACAGGCCACCCAAACAGGUGGACAUCAUGCAGAUGUGUGUGAUUGAGAUGAUGCAGCGUCCAGGUAAACCUCUGUACCACCUGGAACACUACAUCGAGGGGAAGUACACAAAAUACAACUCCAACUCCGGCUUCGUCAAGGAUGACAACAUCAGGCUCACUCCACAGGCAUUUAGUCACUUCUCAUUUGAGCGUUCAGCCCACCAGCUGAUUGUGGUGGACAUCCAGGGGGUCGGGGACCUCUACACGGACCCCCAGAUCCACACAGAGAAGGGCAAAGGCUUUGGAAAUGGAAACCUGGGUGUGCGGGGCAUGGCGCUGUUCUUCCACUCCCACCUGUGUAAUAAGAUCUGUAAGAGUAUGGGCCUCACACCCUUUGACCUCUCCACUGCAGAGAAAAGCCAGCUGGACUGCACCAACAGACUGCUGAGGUCGGCCCAGACGGUACUGAGGGGUAGUGAGGAACAGUGUGGUUCAGCUCGUGUUCGUACCAUCUCAGUGGGCCGUGCGCCCCCACUUCUCUCCCGUCUGUCAGAGACUGGGGACAACACUAUAAGUGACUCCAUCCCCUGCUCGCCCCUCGCCUUCCCUGGCUCCCCCCUAGGACAGCACUUCUCUAUGGGCUCCAUGGGAAAGUCUCCUCUGGAUUGGUCUUUUGUAAAUGAGAUGGAUGAACGGGAGAAACACAACAACCGCAGCCACAGCCCAGAACACAAGGACUCAGAGAAUGGAGGAGACAGUGGGUGUCCAAGUGAGAGGAGGAGUGAAGGGGACCCCAACAAUGGGGGACAUUACUCUUCUCUACACCAACACUCAGUCUUGCUGACAGAUGAGAAAUGGAGUGUCUACCACACUUCUCGUUCUCACGUCCACCGGCCAUCCUGUGUUGCUGUGGAGGUGGAGAGACUCGACUCCAUGAUCCUGGAGAGGAAGACUGGGAAGUCCAUCCUGGGCAAAGUCCACCUGGCGAUGGCGAAUUACCACGAGGGUGGUCGGUUCUGUGAAAAGGAGGAGCAGUGGGACCAGGACUCAGCCAUGUACCACCUGGAGACGGCAGCCAUGUGUGGGGAACUAGAGGCUAUCAUUGCCCUGGGACAGUGUUACCUACAGCUGCCACACCAUAUACUGUCAGAGAUUGAGCUAGAGGACAACUCAGGGAGCCGUAUGAAGGGUUUCAAGUUCCUGCUGCAGGCUGCUGAGGCAGGAGACAGACCCUGUAUGAUCCUGGUGGCCAGGGCCUUCGACACCGGCAUCAUCCUCUCACCAGACAGGUCCCAGGACUGGAAGGAAGCGGUGAGCUGGUACAACUGUGCCCUGAACAUGACGGACUACGACGAGGGGGGCGAGUUUGACGGCAUGCAGGACGAGCCUCUCUACCUGCUGCUGGCCAGAGAGGCUGAGAUGUACCAGGAGGGGGGCCAUGGCCUGGACCGAGACCCACAGAGAGCAGGUGAUCUGUUCACACAGGCAGCAGAUGCAGCCAUGGAAGCAAUGAAAGGCCGACUGGCCAACCAGUACUAUAUGAAAGCAGAGGAGGCCUGGGGCAUGAUGGAGGAAGAGGAGUAGGAGACAGAGGGGACGUCACUCUGCAAGGCCAAAGGAAUCGGCUAAUGUAGUGAUGGAUACUUCUCCCUAAUAUUUUAAAGUUUACAGACACUUUUACUGUGAUUUCCUAAAUGCAGUGUGAGUGUAUGAUCUGUGUGUGACCAUUUAUGCAGCUGUCCUCUGGCCUAACUGUUGGUGAUAACCGAAGGAAUUGUCUUUAUUUUACACUUUCUGUUUGGAACUGGUCUUUGUCUUUUCAUCUAUUUUCCCCUUUUCUAUUCCUGUCCCCAUUGCCCUUUUGGAUAUACAGUGUAUUCAGACCUCUUGACUUUUUCCACAUUUUGUUACGUUACAGCCUUAUUCUAAAAUUUAUUAUUUUAUUUGUUUCUUCUCAUUAAUCUACACACAACCCCAUAAUAACAAAGCAUUAACAGGUUUUUAGAUUUUUUUUGCAAAUGUAUAUAUUAAAAAAAAAUAUGGAAUUAUCACAUUAACAUAAGUAGUGAGGACUUUGUUGAAGCACCUGAGCCUUCUUGGGUAUGACACUACAAGCUUGGCACACCUGUAUUUGGGGAGUUUCUCCCAUUCUUCUCUGCAGAUCCUCAAGCUCUGUCAGGUUGGAUGGAGAGCAUCAUGUGUGCUUAGGGUCGUUGUCCUGGUGGAAGGUGAACCUUGGCUCCUGUCUGAGAUCCUGAGCGCUCUAGAACAGGUUUUCAUCAAAGAUCACUCUGUACUUCGCUCCGUUCAUCUUUCCCUCUGCUGACUGAUCUCCCAGUCCCUUCCUCUGAAAAACAUCCCCACAGCAUGAUGCUGCCACCACCAUGCUUCACCAUAGGGAUGGUGCCAGGUUUCCUCCAGAUGUGAUGUUUGGCAUUCAGGCCAAAGUUCAAUCUUGGUUUCAUCAGAGCAGAGAAUCUUGUUUCUCAUGGUCAGAGUCUUGAGGUGCCUUUUGGCAAACUCCAAGCUGGCUGUCAUGUGCCUUUAACUGAGGAGUGGCUUCCGUCUGCCCAUUCUACCAUAAAGGCCCGAUUGGUGGAGUGCUGUAGAGAUGGUCUCCACAGAGGAACGCUAGAGCUCUGUCCAUCAGGGUCUUGGUCACCUACAUGACCAAGAUACCCUUCCCCAGAUCUGUGCCUCGACACAAUCCUGUCCCGGAGCUCUAAGGACAAUUCCUUCGACCUCAUGGCUUGCUCUGACAUGUACUGUCAACUGUGGGACCUUAUGUAGACAGGGAUGUGCCUUUCCAAAUCAUGUCAAAUCAAUUGAAUUUACCACAGGUGGACUCCAAUCAAGUUGUAGAAACAUCAAGGAUGAUCAAUGUAAACAGGAUGCACCUGAGCGCAAUUCUGAGUCUCAUAGCAAAGGGUCUGAAUACUUAUGUAAAUAAGUUUAAACCUUUUUUCACUUUGUCAUUAUGGGGUAUUGUGUGGAGAUUUUAGAAUAAAGUUGUAACAAAUGUGUUAAAAGUCAAGGGGUCUGAGUACUUUCUGAAUGCACUGUAUGAAUGUGGUUGCAAUUUAGAAGCAAAUUACUAAACUGAAAAGAAGUUUGAUUUCGUAAAAUGAACAUUUAGCUUUUGUUGACUUUGUUGGUUUUGCCUAUCACUUCUGUAUGUUAGUAAUAGACUUAUCGAGUGCACUUGUUGCAUUGUUUGCAUGCUUGUGUAUAAAUUAAUGCAUGGAAGUAGCUAUAUGUAAAUGUCUCUUUGGAAUAAAUAAAUGUCUAUUGCAUUGUAAA